AUGCUUCACACAUGUCACAACUUGGAGGUUGUUGGGGAAGAUAAGCUUGAUGAUCACUUCAAAGCUUAUCAUAACAUCUCCCAUAUCAAUCUAAUGACUUGCUGGGAACAUCACAACAUUGAAUGGACCAUUGUCUCAAUGAUCACUGGCACUGCCAAUACAACUCCUGACUUUGUCCAUGCUAUCCAUUCCCUCACCAAAUUCAUCUACCAGGCACAGAGCCCUAUGCACACUGACUCAUCCAUUGAUGCUAUGGUGUGCUCUCUUGACAAGUUUCAUAGGCUAAAACUCAAUGCCAGUGCUCAGAGGGGCAAGAGUGAGAUAAUUAAUAACUUUCUUAUCCCAAAGAUGGAGUUGUUUCAUAGCUUUGCAAGGUGUAUCAGAGAACUUGGUGGUUUGAUACAAUUCUCAGCAGAUGUCAGUGAGUGGCUCUUAAUUACACACUGCAAAUUCCUGUUCAAGAGGACUGGUUAG